AUGGAAAACUUGACUCUGAAUGAGGACAUUCUCCUCCUGGAGGGGUUGAAGAUCUCCCCCCAGUCCACCAUCCCCUCCUUCAUCUUCCUCCUCUUCAUCUACAUCUUUGCUCUGGUGUCUAACAUCACGCUGGUGGUGCUGAUCUGUACGAGCAGCAGCCUGCACCAGCCCAUGUACCUGCUGUUCUGCAACAUGAGUAUUAAUGACAUUUUUGGGGCUACGAUUGUCACACCGCAUGUUCUCCGUGACAUUUUCAUUCCUCAACCAGAGCGCUACAUCCAUUACAUCGACUGCGCCUUCCAGGCCUUCUGUGUUCACCUCUAUGCAGGCACCUCUCACACCGUGCUCAUGAUCAUGGCGUUUGACCGCUACGUGGCCAUCUGCAACCCGCUGCGCUACGCCGCCAUCAUGACCCACAGGAUGGUGCUGGGUCUGUCGGUGUGGGCGUGGGCGACCACAUUCAUUGGCGUCACGAUUCUCAUCGGCCUCAGCGUGCGUCUGUCUCGCUGCAGGAGGGUGAUACCCAACCCGUACUGCGACAACGCCUCCUUGUUCAACCUCUCCUGCGAGAGCGUGCUCAUCAACAACAUCUACGCCCUCGGAUACACCGUGGUCAUCCUGGGAUCCUCCGUGUGUAGCAUCACGCUCACCUACCUGAAGAUCGCCAUGGUGUGUCUGCGCAGUAAGAACAAGGCUCUGAACAGCAAAGCGCUGCAGACCUGCGCCACUCACCUGGCCAUGUACGUCUUCAUGCUGGCGUCCGCCCUCAUCAUUAUCACCCUGCACCGCUUCCCUCAGAUGUCGGACUACAGGAAGGUGGUGUCUGUUUUAUGUGAAGCCACUUUGCCUGCUUUCAACGCCGUCAUCUACGGGCUGCAGAUAAAACAGAUAAAGCAGAGGAUUGCCACUUUGUUUUACAGCAGACUUGUAGUUCAAAUUAAAUAA